AUGCGUCUCCAGACAGGCGCCUCUGCCGUGGCAUUCGCCGCUGCGGCCAGUGCUACCUCCCUCAGUGACGUGUGCACCGUUUCCAAUGUGAAGUCUGCUCUGCCUUCCAACGGCACUAUCCUGGGCAUCAACCUUGUCCCUUCACUGUCCACCGCCAACACCGCCACCAGUGACUCCUACAGCUACUGCAAUGUCACUCUGACCUACACCCACCCCGGCAAGGGCGACACCGUUGUCGUCAAGUACGCCCUCCCCGAGCCCUCCGACUACAAGAAGCGUUUCUACGUUGCUGGAGGUGGUGGUUACGCUCUGAGCUCCGACUCUACCGGUGGUCUAGAGUAUGGCGCCGUCGGUGGUGCUUCCUCUGCUGGCUACGAUGCCUUGGACGGUACCACCUACGACGAGGUUGCCCUUUAUGGAAAUGGCUCUAUCAACUGGGAUGCCACUUACAUGUUCAGCUACCAGGCGUUGGGUGAGUUGACCAAGCUUGGCAAGUACUUCACCAAGGGCUUCUAUGGCCAGUCUGCCAGCUCUAAGCUCUACACCUACUACGAGGGUUGCUCCGAUGGUGGCCGUGAGGGUAUGAGCCAGAUCCAGCGCUACGGAGACGAGUAUGACGGUGCCAUCACCGGUGCUCCCGCCUUCCGCUACGGUCAGCAGCAGGUCAACCACCUGCUCCCCAACGCUGUCGAGCACACCCUCGACUACUACCCUCCCCCCUGUGCCCUGGCCAAGAUCGUCAAUGCCACCAUUGCUGCCUGCGAUCCUCUCGACGGCCGUACCGACGGUGUCAUUGCUCGUAGUGACCUGUGCCAGCUGAACUUCAACCUCACCUCCAUCAUCGGCGAGAGCUACUACUGCGCCGCUGAGACCGCCAGUUCUCUCGGAUUCGGCUUCAGCAAGCGCGCCGAGGGUAGCACCAGCUCCUACCAGCCCGCCCAGAACGGCACCGUCAAUGCCAAUGAUGUCGCCGUGGCCCAGGGCAUCAUCGAUGGUCUCCACAACAGCAAGGGUGAGCGCGCCUACCUGGCCUGGCAGAUCGGAUCCGAGUUCUCCGACGCCGAGACCCAGUGGAACAACAACACCGAUGCCUGGGAGCUGGAUAUCACCUCCCUCGGCGGUGAGUUCGUCGCCAAGUUCGUCGAGCUCCUCGACCUCGAUAACCUCUCCUCCUUCGACGGCGUUACCUACGAUACCAUGGUUGAGUGGAUGAACACCGCCAUGGUCCGCUACAUGGAUUCCCUGCAAACCUCCCUCCCCGACCUCACCACCUUCCAGCAGUCCGGCGGUAAGCUCAUCCACUACCACGGAGAGCAGGACCCCAGUGUCCCCACCGCUUCUUCCGUCCACUACUGGCAGUCUGUCCGCGACAUCAUGUACCCUGGUCUCUCUGGCUCCAAGAGCCUCGCUAAGCUCCAGGACUGGUACCAGCUUUACCUUGUUCCAGGUGCCGCUCACUGUGGAACCAACGACCUCCAGCCCGGUCCUUACCCCGAGGACAACAUGGAGAUCAUGAUCAACUGGGUUGAGAACGGUGUUAAGCCUUCGCGUCUCAAUGCCACCGUCUCUUCCGGUGAUUACGAGGGCGAGACCCAGAUGCUGUGCCAGUUCCCCAAGCGUCCUCUCUGGAAGAACAACUCUACCUUUGACUGUGUCUUCGAUAAGGCUUCUUACGACAGCUGGACUUACGAGUUCCCUGCCUUCAAGGUCCCUGUGUACUAA